UACGGUAAGAGCGAAACAGGAGGAAGCCAGCUCUGUGCCUGGAGGGGACUCGCCGCCAUCUCAGGUCUCUUGGCUUUGCCAGGGCCCACCGGAGAAAACUGACGACCCGUUUCUGUAAUCCUUAUGGGAGACCAACCUUGUGCCUCCGGGAGAUCCACUCUCCCACCUGGAAACGCACGGGAAGCCAAGCCUCCAAAAAAGCGCUGCCUCCUCGCUCCGCGUUGGGAUUAUCCGGAAGGAACUCCCAACGGAGGUAGUACCACUCUACCCUCCGCACCUCCUCCUGCAUCAGCCGGCCUGAAGUCGCACCCUCCUCCUCCGGAGAAGUAGAGAAAUAAAUUUCUCCCACCCUAAACCAGUCUUUGAGCGAUUGCAGUAUGACUCCAUUUCCCUGGUGCAUUCAUAUAAUAGUUCACCUGGUGAAAACAGUGAAGAUUAUUUACAAUGCUACCCUGCUUUUUCUGGUGUCCUGAACCUGGAAGUUGUGCUUUUUAAGUCUUAUGAUGUAAUCAGCGUGAUUUCACUUCCUGAAUUUCGAUGAAUUCUAAGACAUGGGCAAGAUCGGGUUGUAAGACCUCUGAGAUUUAAGGCCAUGGCCUGGAUCAUGGUGAACUUACCAAAGCAAACAAUGCCUGUGAGAUGGUCCUGCAGCAGCCAACCAGUGCACUCUUUUGGUGACAUCCAGUUCUUGUUGUAUAACUUUAUAUUCCUAUAAAUCCAUUAAGGCCCCAAUAAAGUUUGUCUCUAAGUGCUGUGUUAGAUCUAUAUGACUACAUCUAGUAAAUUGUGAAUUUUAAGUAAAUAUUUUAUAAGAACUCCUAUGUAAAGCAUUACUAAAAUUAGUGUUGAAAUAUGA